CUGUUUUUCUCUGCUCUGCAAAUAGUUCUUCAUAAAUAAAUAAGUAAAUACAACAAGUGCAUGACUGAUGAUUGAGAUUCUCCACCACUCCUAGCUUAGCCGCCCGUCAUCCAUUCUUUUAAAAAACAAAAAAAGAAAGAAAGUGAAGAUGUGGGUGAUUAGCCAAAUUUAGUGGGGGUUUUAUGGGUGGUAAUCACAAGCAUUUCUUGCAUUCAUCCUCCAGUCUAUCAGAGCAAAAAAAACCUGUCCUGGCUAUUGUUCUUCUUCUCCUUCCUAUUUAACUGAUCCUUUCUUUAACCAAGAAAUGUAUCACCAAAUUUUAUUAGUCAAUUGCCAAUAAUUAAGCUUAUCUUUCUACUAUUAGUACAAAUAGCAAAAUUUCAUCCCUCAUUCAAAACAAAGGCCACCCUGUUCUUGUUACUGUCCAUUGGUUCUAUCAGAACAUAGGAGAGAAAGAAAGCUCAAAUGGAUUUACUCUCAUUCUCACAAAAUCACCCCCAUUAUUGUGCUGCUUUCCUAAGCCUGCUCUUCAUUUUCGAAGGUGUUUCAGGCGCUACAUUCACAUUUGUUAACAAAUGUGAUUUCUCAGUCUGGCCAGGAAUCCUAGGCAGUCCAGAACUAGACAGCACUGGCUUUGAGCUUAGGAAAGGUAGUUCUCGCUCCUUCCAAGCCCCAACAGGCUGGUCUGGUCGCUUCUGGGGCCGAUCAGGCUGCAAUUUCGACUCCUCAGGCCAUGGUUCCUGUGCUACUGCAGACUGUGGCUCUGGCCAAGUGGAGUGCAAUGGUGCAGGGGCCACACCGCCUGCCACUUUAGCUGAAUUCACUCUAGGCUCAGGCUCCCAGGAUUUUUAUGAUGUCAGUCUUGUUGAUGGAUACAAUUUGCCAAUGAUUGUAGAAGUGAGUGGAGGUUCAGGGGAGUGCGCGUCGACAGGGUGUGUCACGGACCUUAAUAGGAAGUGCCCGACGGAGCUGAGAACUGAGGGAGGCAGUGCUUGUAGGAGCGCCUGUGAGGCAUUUGGGAAGCCUGAGUACUGCUGCAGCGGCGAGUACAACUCACCAGCAUCCUGCAAGCCUUCCAUGUAUUCUCAAGUGUUCAAGAGUGCCUGUCCGAAGUCGUAUAGCUACGCCUACGAUGAUGCGACUAGCACUUUUACAUGUACAGGCGCAGAUUACACCAUCACAUUCUGCCCCAAUUUCCAUAGUCUAAAGUCCUCAAGUGAUUCGCCUCCACAAGCAAUCGGGGGCACAGCCAUUGAUGGGUCAGGGACAGAGGUAGGAGGGACGGUCACCGGAUCCUCAGCACAGGAAGCUGAAUUACAAAGUUCAUGGCUGGCAAGUUUGGCCAUUGGAGAGUCAACAGGAACCCAAACCCACCAUUCUUUAGUUCUCCAAUUUGCAUUAGUUUUGGCCACAUCUCUCAUUCUUUCCAGCUCUCACUUGUAGUCACUACUGGUCUCUCACGUUCCAAGCUAUUCAGCUGAGAAUCAGUAACAUGGAGAUCGAUUGGGAAAGUUGAAGAAA